AUGGCGCCGUCUAACAAUCUCUUCCUCGUCGCCACCAACAACGCCAUGCUUCUCUCCUUCUUCGUCCUCGUGCUGAGCACCAACGUCCUCGUCGGGGCCGCGGGCAGGCCGUUGCUGGAGUCUCCGGCGGGCAACAAGUCCUCCGUGACUUACGCGGCGUUCAAGCCGCCGGCCGACGUGGGGCCGACGACGAUGUUUCACGGUGGCAGGGAGGUCAACGACUGUCUGCCUAAAGGGUUUCAUCGCAACUCGGCUCCAAGCCGCUACAUCAACUUGGAGCCUCUAGGAACAAGUAGUAGUAGUACAAUAAUGUGCGAGACGGAGAAGCACUGA